AUGGCUGAUCCUGGGAACAGAAGAGGGAUCCACCACCCCCUGAGUCUCACCUGCUCCCUGCUCAUUGUGGGAAUGUGCUGUGUGUCUCCUUUCUUCUGUCAUAGUCAGACGGACCUGCUGGCUCUUAACCAAGCUGACCCUCAGUGCUGGGAGUCCUCCUCAGUGCUCCUCCUGGAAAUGCGGAAACCUCGCAUUUCCAACACGGUUUCUGGCUUUUGGGAUUUCAUGAUCUAUCUAAAGUCAUCUGAGAACUUGAAACAUGGAGCACUGUUUUGGGAUCUGGCCCAACUCUUCUGGGACAUCUAUGUGGACUGUGUCCUCUCCAGGAACCAUGGCUUAGGAAGGAGACAGUUGGCUGGAGAAGAGAAAAGUUCAGCAGUGCAGCUACAGCAUUCAGGGAGUAAACAAGGUGUAUAUUCUCAGCGCCUAAGAACCCCUUUCCUAAAGAAGAAAGAAUUGAUUGAAGAUUUGAUAAGCAUGCACAUGCGCGGGAGUGGGUCUAAGUUCAAUGGAAAAUUGAAUCUGGAAAUAAAGAGAAAAUAAAACUAACCUCAGAGAUGACUCAACCCUUGGAAUUAAGAAUAUAUGAAUAUUUUCCUAUUAAUCAUCUAUUUUAUUUUAAGUGGUGGAAAUGUUUAGAGA